CGCCAUGUCGCGGGGGCCGGUGCGGGUGCUGCGGCUGGGGCUGCGGCCUUACGCCGAGGCGCUGCGGGUGCAGGAGCUCUGCGUGGGGGCGGCGCGGGCGGCGCGGCUCCCCGUCCCCGUCCCGGGGGAGAGCGUGGUGCUGAGCGAACCGGCGGAGCCCGUCUACGUUUGGGGGCUGCGGGGGGCCCCGGAGGCGGAGGUGGCGGCGCGGCUGCGGGCGCGGGGCGCGGGGCUGGCGGCGGCGCGGCGCGGCGGGCAGAUCACCUUCCACGGGCCCGGGCAGCUCCUCGCCUUCCCCGUCCUCGACCUACGCCGCCGUCGCCUCCCGCUGCGGGGUUACGUGGCGGCGCUGGAAGCCCUGGUCCUGCGGCUCUGCCGCCGCCUCGGCCUGCCCGCCGCCCGCGCCCUCCCGCCGCCCUUCACCGGCGUCUGGAUGGGCGACAGCAAGCUCUGCGCCAUCGGGGUGCACUGCGGGAACCACAUCACCUCCCACGGGCUGGCGCUGAACUGCUGCACCGACCUCACCUGGUUCGACCACAUCGUCCCCUGUGGGCUGGAAGGGAAAGGCGUCACCUCACUGAGCCGCGAGCUGGGGCGGCACGUCACCGUCGACCAUGUCCUCGAGCCCUUCCUCGACUCCUUCCAGGAGGUGUUCGACUGCACCUUGGUCUUUUCGGAAGACCCCGGGGACUAGGAGAGCCGCGGCGCCUCGGCUGGGUGUGUCGGCAAACCCUCGGCACGGCCGACGAACAGCGCGGCAGCCGCCUGGGGCUUUAUUGCAAGACAAGAGCUCUCGUGCCUUUGCCUAUAGACGGUGCGUGAACGGUGGCACAGAGGUUCGGGCUGUUGCUUAAACAUCCAAACCUCCGUCGGGGCGGCUCUCCCCAGCCCCGCGGGUCUCUGUCCCUUGGCUGACACCUCUAAGGGUACCACGUCCCCAUCACUCGCUGGGGAAAUGCCCAAACAGGCACUUUUGUCUGUUUUUUUCUACCUCUCCCCCCCAAAAAAUCCGAAAUUCGGGUGAACGCUCCUGCGCCCUUUGGACAAGAGGAGGAGGGACUGGUUGGUUGAGCAUCCUUCCCUCGUUGCCGCAUAAAAAGAGGCAGAUUUUCUAUAAAGAGAGUUGCUGGGAACUUCA